GUCUAAACAACUUGACACCGCUGCUAUCAGAGUAGUGUGUUCCUGGAAAGUGUGUGCAGCUUUAUUUAAUUUGGGGCACAUUUUUUUGUAGUGAUAUAGGGAUGAGUUAGAGAACAUGGGUUGUUGAAAGAGAUGCAGGGUGGGAAGAAUUCUUAACUGGACGUUUUUCUCUUCCGUCCGGAUGUUAUGGAGCAGCCACCUGGGAGCUUAGAUGAUCUACAGCCUCAAGACCUUUCCUGGCACCCAAACCCCGCCACCGGCAACCCCGGAUUGCCCUUCUCAGAGACCGACUCCUCGGACACCACUCUCCUAUCAGGGGAACAACUCCAACCAGACAAUGCCUUCUCACACACUACAGUCACACUCUCAUACAUGAGUAGGUCCCAUGUGUUCUCCUCUCACAACUCCCUGCCUCUGCAUUCAGCUCUGUAUGAUGUGCAGCCCAUUAGCAAGUUGUCCUUCCACCCUCCUGACACGAAUGAGAAGCUUGGGGAUACUGGCUAUGCACUAAACCAGCAUUAUUUGGAGCAGGUUGACGGGCCUGUGGACCUUGCCACUCAGACAGAACUUUUUCAGUCAUUGUCUCAGGCACAUGUGGGACCAGCGAACAAUAGGGGCAUGCAGGAGUUCAAUGGUGGAGUCAUUUCAAGCAACUGGGACAAGGAUAAUCAUGUAAAAGGUGAAACGGAAAACAGCCUUUCUUUGGAAAUGAGUCAGGGUUUUCAGAAUGGAAAGGGAGAUAGCUGUUUGAGUUCAGGAGUUUGUGCCGAUUCACCGGAGACACUCACCCCUGCCACAGUGGAGGAUGAGGAGAGGAGCGACUCUGAGGUGCUCUUUCUAAUGUCUAAGAAACAGGACCCAGCUGUGAGAGCUAAACUGUGUUCACUAAGCCGAGAGUACAUGAGUCCUCUGGAGGACCCCGUCUCCCCGGCUGCUACCUCACUGGACAAUGUGGAGGAUGUGUUCACUCUGCCUCAGGCCUCCAGCUCACCCAGCGGCGAUAACUCUUGUCCAGACACGGCUGAAGAGGCAGCGUGGGAUGGAUUGAGGACAGAGGGGGCCAUUCAGGAAGGCUUUGGCAUCAGCAAUAGUACCACAAAGUUAGAUUCAAGUGCUGAAAAUAGGCAGCCUGUGCACAAACGAAAGGCAGUGCUGGAGCCUCUGAUUGACUUGACAGAUGAUGUUUGUGUGUCAGAUGUUUCUGAAAACAAGAUUGCUAUUCCUCACAUGAACGGUAAUGCCAAGGCAUCACAGAGAACUUUAAAAGGAAAGAAACUGCCAGUGCGGUCGGGCAGAGGGACGCGGUUAGAGGCUAUAGUAAUGGACAUAAACCCCAUCAGGUUUAAAGUGUCAGGAUGCCCCAAUAAGAAAGCAAAAGCUUUCCAAUCGACAGUUAGUGAUUCUGAGGGAACCAGUUCUCAGCAAAACGACAUCUUACCAGUAGGGAAAAGGAAAAGCAGAACUAAGGCGCCUGUCUCAGUGAAAACGGUGAAACCAAAAGCAAUGAAACGAGGUAAAACUAAUAACAAGAACACUGACAAUUGCAAUGAAUCUACCUCUGAUUCUGAAAUCAAUAAUUCUACAAAUUCUAAUGGCAGCCCACCUCCAAGACGCUCUCGGUUAGCUGUGCAAAAGAAGUUAAAGGAGCCAGAGGAUGUUUCACACAUGGCACACUCGCCACAGACUAGCCAAAUGAAUGCAAAGAGGAAACCGUCAUCACAAUCCAGUCCUCUGCUCAGAAACUCAAUGGAGCCAGAGAAUGCCUCUCACUCUGCCCCCUCAGUGGAAAGAUCUUCCCCUGCACUGUCAUCAAAAUCUCCAAAGAAAAGCCAAGGCAAAGGCAAGGCUACAGGUAGCAAAGCAUCUGCCAAGCCUAAGGGGGCCCGCACUCCCAGGAGGAAGCAAAAGAAGCAGACAUGGAUCCAGUCGACUUCCAUUUUCUCCCCCAAAGAGCCAGAGAUCAAGUUGAAGUAUGUCAACUACAAGGAGGAGAAAAGGCCCUUUAGGGUGGACAAUUUCUCUCCGUUUAUCCGUGUGGAGACUAAGUCCUUGCCGUCACUGCACACCGUAAUCAACUACCCCGAGGAGGUGGAGAGGCAACACAAGAAGGGCCCCCAGCAGCCGGCCCAGAACUCUGUUUACGUCUCUGCUGUCAUACCAAGCACUUCCUGUCUGCAGCUGGGCCGGGCCUCCCUGCAGAGCCAGCACCAGCGCACUUUGGUCUGCUGCCUGUGCGGGGGGGCGGCCAACGCCAUGGACCUGGGCGACCUUCACGGGCCUUAUUAUCCCGAAGGGUACCGGCCCAGCACCAAAACAGCCAGCGCGUCAGACCUUAAACAGGAAGCAGACAGCGAUUCAGACUCCUCAUCCUGUGACAUCAGAGGCAGGGGGGGGAAGCGGGCCGUUCCAUCCAAAUCACGGCCCCUCAGGCCAGGAGCCAAGUUGAAACAGAGGGGCCUCCUUGAGAGCCAGCGUUGGACAGCAGACGGCAACGGCAGCCCUGCAUCUAAGCGGGCCCGGGCAGAGGCUGGCUCUGCUGAUGUGGAGGACUGGUAUAGCCCCCCCAUGCUUCCUCUGGAGCCCUGUGAGUACUGGCUCCACGAAGACUGCGGCAUCUGGGCGGCAGGCGUGUUCCUCGUGAAGGGCAAAGUGUACGGGCUGGAGGAGGCAGUGAAGGUGGCGCAGGAGACGAUGUGUUCGGCCUGCAGUGAACCCGGAGCUACACUGGGCUGCUUCUUCAAAGGCUGCCCCAACAAAUACCACUACCGCUGCGCUCUGGAGUCAGCAGGUGGGGAACUCAUUGAGGAGAACCUUUCCAUGAAGUGUAAAAAGCACAAGAACAAGAGAUUAAAAGCCCCUCCAGGAAACCGAAGGGAUGACGGGUGACAGAGGGAGCAGAGACAUCACGAGGGUCACGGAGGUAACAGCUCCAGGGGAGAGCCCCACACUUCUCUUUCCCUGCCCACAUCAGCCAGCUCUGACUGGGGGAUUCCAAGGCGCUCCCAGGCCAGUGAAGAGAUAUAAUCCCUCCACCUAGUCCUAGGUCUACCCCUCGGUCUCUUCCCAGCUGGACGUGCCUGGAACACCUCCCUAGGGAGGCGCUCAGGUGGCAUCCUCACUAGGUGCCCGAACCACCUCAACUGGCUCCUUUCAACGCGAAGGAGCAGCAGUUCUACUCCGAGUCCCUCCCGGAUAACUUAACUUCUCACCUUAUGCCUAAGGGAGAUGCCAGCCACCCUGCAGAGAAAUCCCAUUUCGGCCGCUUGUAUCCGCGAUCUCGUUCUUUCAGUCAUGACCCAUCCUUCAUGAACAUAGGUGAGGGUAGGAACGAAGAUGGCCCGGUAGACAGAGAGCUUUGCCUUCUGGCUCAGCUCUCUUUUCGUCACAACGGUGCGGUAAAGCGACUGCAGUACCGCUCCCGCUGCUCCGAUUCUCCGGCCCAUCUCACGCUCCAUUGUUCCCUCACUCGAGAACAAGACCCCGAGAUACUUGAACUCCUUCACUUGGGGUAAGGCUUCAUUCCCAACCUGGAGUGGACAGUCCAUCGGUUUCCUGCUGAGAACCAUGGCCUCGGAUUUGGAGGUGCUGAUCUUCAUCCCAGCCGCUUCACUCUCGGCCACGAACCGAUCCAGUGAGUGCUGAAGGUCCCAGACCGUUGAAGCCAUUAGGACCACGUCAUCUGCAAAAAGCAGUGGUGCAAUCCUUAGCCCACCGAACUGCAGACCCCCUCCCCCACGACUACGCCUCGAAAUCCUGUCCAUGAAUAUCACAAACAGGAUUGGUGACAAAGUGCAGCCCUGGCGGAGGCCAACCCUCACCGGAAAUCGGUCCGACAUACUACCGAAAACCUGGACAAGCUUUGGGAGUACAGAGAUUGGAUGGCCCUGAGUAGAGACCCCCUCACCCCAUACUCCCGCAGCACCUCCCACAGUAACUCCCUGGGAACCCGGUCAUACGCCUUCUCCAAAUCCACAAAGCACAUGUAGACCGGAUGAGCGUACUCCCAGGCCCCCUCCAGGAUCCUUGCGAGAGUAAAAAGCUGGUCCGUCUUUCCACGACCAGGACGAAAACCACAUUAUUCCUCCUCAAUCUGAGGUUCGACAAUCUCGAUGAGUUCGAGGUCUUUACAAAUAAUACAUUGUGCGGUGCAACAGCUGGUUGGUGUUUUUGGGUAUAGGGUUUGAAAUCAACUAAAAGUGGGCGUGGAGUUUGUACUAGUUCAUAUGAGUCGCAGCGCUCACUUCCCUUAUCUUAAGUCAAUGUUUAUUAGUAAGAUGCCUGUUCUAUCAUUUGUGGUUAACACAAGCUAAAGACAUUUUCACAUUUUAUUCUAAAACUACAACAAGCCAAACAUUAGCUGCCUUUAGCUUAGCGGUGGUAAGUAUGUGAUUGUGAUGUAGGGCUUUGACUUUUGCCCAAAAAUCAUAUUCGAAGUUCGUUUGUUUAUUAAUAUUAAAGUUCGAAUGUAUUCGAAUAUUUAUUAAUAAUAUUUUGACCAUUAAAUGUCUUCAGUAAGACCAAUAUUAGUAUCACACUUCAGUUCGAUGUUCUGUCCACCAGAGAGCAGUGUAUCAGUCAAUGGCGGGUGUCCGUAAUAUGUACAACAUUAGUGUGGGUCCCACAUAUGACAGUUAACGCUCCAUCGGAAAUACACGAGUUUACAGGAACCUUUCGUGACGUGCACCUAGUCAGUCAAUGAUGCUUUCGGAAGAAAAACGCAGUCACUUGUUUUGGUUUUUUCAAUUGUAUUAUUAUCAGACUCUGGAUUAAACACAAACAGUUUUAUCCACUGUUCUCAUCAAAAAUAAAUAAAAAAAUAAGCCAGUCAGGCUAAGUAGGCUACUGAAAAGACAAAAUAAAUAAAGGUAGGCCCUAAUAGGCUAUUCAAAACAAGCACACCCUACCUUAUGGCCAGCCAUUACUGACAUUGUUAAGCGAUCUGACCGCAAUUACCAAAAAUAAAGGCACUUUGUGAAUGUAGAACACCUUGAGAACACGUCGAGAUACAGGGCAAUCAAACAUGUAGCCUAGGGCUAAAUUAGAACUCGUCGCCAUUAUGGGCUAUCUGGCUGCAGAAUUUUUUAAGUUGUUCGCCAAAAACACAAGGUGAUUCACAUUUUCUGGCUCAAGAGAAGAGCGUUGCUUUGUGACUAUGUUUCCCGCGGUGGAAAAUACUCGUUCCGCCCUCACGGAUGUCCCGCAUAUUGCCAGGUAGCUGCGUGCCAGUUUAGCGAGAUGGGGGUACUUGGGGCUUCUCUCCUUCCACCAGGACAGCGGGUUGCUGUCAGACGGGGGUGGGAGCUCACUGUCGUAGGCCAUCAUUUCUCUUAGGAGCACAUCUUCACUCGGUCUGGCUGUUAAAAAUCAAUUAGUUUUUGUUAAGGUGUUGUUUAGGCUACAUUUUAUACGAACUUUUUAUAUUUCCAAUGUAGGUAAGAGUUUGAGUUGUUAUGAAAGGCACUCGAUAAUUUAAACGUUUUGUAUAAUUUAUUAUUGAUAAUAACAUCAUUAUUACCUCCUGCUCCUGCCGAGUUUUGGCAGUACACAUCGCCAAAGAGGUCCCCCAUCGCGCUAAGUGCAUUCUUUUCCUUGCGCUGCUCCCUAGGGUCGCUAGUCGUGGCGUUCUCAUCUUGGCCAUCCUCUUCGCAUGUCUCCUCGCUGACCUCUGCAAGCUCCCUCUGAACCUUAUCUCGCACUGCCUGCCGCGACUCUUGUUCUAAAUGAACCAGUCGGUGAAAACGCGGGUCGAGGUAGCUGGCUGUGUUCAGUAGCAAGAAUGCAUGUUUGUCGGGGCCAUAUCGCGCCUUCAGAUCAGUUGACAUCAUGGUUUUCAUCUCCUUUACUCCUGCCGGGUCAUCGGUGGAGGGCUUCAGUUGGGUCAGAAGCACAUACUGCAGGGGGAGGACCGCUGAUGCUGUUGGGUAGUUUUCUGUUGACAGCGCCUGGGUGGCUACUUUGAAGGGCCUCAGCACGUCUUUCACCUGUGGGACAAACACACAAUUAAUAUUAACUUAUCCUAGCGCCACUAGUUAGAUAGCUAGCGCAGUUAGGUGUCGUUACAAAAAAAAAAAAACACACACAAACUUAGCUAACUUUAACUAGCCUUACGUGUUACUACGUUUGCAACAGUAAUAUUAACAACAUUAGGGACAUAAUAUUAUUAGACCUAACAAUAUAGCCAACGUCACUGACCUUCUCCAUUAGCGUCCACUCCACACUGGUGAGCUCCAGACGGCUGAGUUUCUUCUCCAUAAUCACUGCUGCAACCGGGGCUUGUUGAUCAGCUGCUCGACAGAUCAUAUCGUAUGUACUAUUCCAGCGGGUGGGGCAGUCGUUGAUGAGCUGGAUUGGUUUCAUACCAAGGAGCUUUUGCUUGGCCUCCAGGAGGUAGCUGUCUGUAGGGGAGUGCUUAAAAUGCUGAGCGGCAGCCUUGAGGCAACUGACUGAUGUUGCAACGGAACGCUGUGCAAGCCCUUUUCUCGCUGCCAGAUUAAUUGUAUGAGCCAUGCACGGGAUAUCAGUGAUCCCCAAGUGCCUCUCUACAGCAUUUACAUAGUUGUGUGCAUUGUCUGUAGUGAUGGCAAGCACAGACUCAAGCUCUAUGUGGUACUCUCGUAGAAUACUGCCGAUGCAUUCUGAGACAUUCGCUGCUGUGUGAGCAGUUUGAAGCUCAGACGUGUCCAGGACUACAUUUCUCAUCUCCCAGUCCUCGUCGAUGAAAUGGGCUGUUACCGUAACAUAUGACUCAGUAGCCAAAGAACUCCACCCGUCAGUUGUCAGUGCGAGGUUUUCACCCUGAAGCAUUUCCCUUAUGCCACCCUUGGUUGUGUCGUACAGCUUCGUUAUUUUAUUAUUCAUGGUCCUGUAGCAGGGGAUCUUGAACCUUGGCUCUAGCUCGUGGACGAAAGCUAGAAACCCGCUCCCAUAUAUUAAGUUAAUGGGCCUCAUAUCCUCACAAACAAACCGUGCCAGCAAAUCUGUCGCUUUGUUUUGACGGGCAUAGGGUAGGCCUCGUGGUGAUAGCAUGGAGUCGAUUCUGACCUGCCUCGUCCCCGAUCCCUCCCCCUCCUCCGCUUCCAGCUUGCCGGGAUGAAGUGUUGACAGGUGGGCUCUCAAAUUGCUGGUCGUCGUGUGGUAUACGAGUUUGGUCCUACAUAUUUUACAGAUUACUUUGUCCUUACUCAGGAUUUUCCCCUCUUUCGUCGGGAACCCAAAGAAGCGCCACACAUUACUUUUUAAAUGGUCAGGGGUGUGGAUUUCAACCUCCUCAUCAGGCGUAGUUGUCGUUGGCGCGGCCAUUGUUUUAGAAUAUUGUUUUAAAAUAAGCGCGAUUGCGCGAACCAGGAGGAUGCCAACGUCAUAGGUCUACAGGAGCCCAGAUGACCAAUAAUAGCCUUGAUAAUGAGCUCGCGGUUUUACUUCACCAGGCGUGAAAAAAACCUUGGAAUCUGAAUUGAAAACAACACUAAUAAAAAAUAAUUCCCAUAUAGGUUCGAAUAUUAAGGGCUCCCUAAAAUUCGUUCGAAUUUCUUUAUUUUUUUAAACAAUCGAAUUAUAUUCGAACAACGAAGUUCGAGGUCAAAGCCCUAUUGUGAUGUGAUUAGUUUAUAGCCUAGCGUUAGCUUUUUACAAAUGGAGAUUGCAUUAACGGUUCAAAAAUCACGAAAGGUUACUAGUUAUCGUACAAAACGUGACCGCCAUAAACGUUUGUUUGCAACAGACAAGAUUGUCUGCGAUACACUAGAAUUCAAUGGAAAGAUCCUAUUGCAUUUUGUUGACGAAGCCCUUGUGAUGCUAACUUCCUGGUCGGCCUGCAAACAUACGUCGAUGCUGCACCUCCUUCAAAACAUAAAACAUGUUCAGAUAAUUCUUCACUUUGAAAUAUUUCUUUUGUGUUUAUUCAUGCAGACAUUCACACGCACCAUCCUGCAGGGCCUCUCCUUCCUCUUCUGCUGGUAACCAUGGCAACAGUGGACCAGGAUAUCUUCUGACUGACAGCUAGCACCCGUAAACCUUAACUCCACCCUCUGCUCUUUGACUGUUGACCCCCGACACUGUGGCUGGAGACAGGAAGCCCUUGCAGACCGGGGAAACACACCCUUGACUAGAAUUUGUGUUCUCAAUCUUUAGUAAUUUAUAUGGAUUCUUUCUGUUCCUGGACUAAAUAUGGAUAACAAUCAAAGAUAUUUAAUUAGUUUAAAGUAUUUUUCCUGGAUUUUCUCGUCUAAGAGGUAUGAGUGUGUGAUUUUUAAGUUAUUGGUAAAGGAGAUGCUGCUCAAUCGAGAUAUGACACUCCUAGAACAAGGUACCUGAUUGGACGCUCUCAACACAACAGGGUUCCAUAUUAUUUAACGGGAGAGCUUUUUGGAUCAUAGCACAUGGUUUCCUUUCUAACACUUGCACUAAAUGUUGGGCCCAGAUGAAGUUAUCCAGGAGACCGAACAGUUUGUGUUUGAAUGUAUUCUCAUGGAGGGCUUAUUUAGCAGGAAGCACUUUGGAGUGACACUGGUCUUCUGCUACAGCUGCAUUAUUACCUUAGAUGACCCCCCUCCCCCACCCCUUAUAGUGUGAUAUUGCUUCAGGCUCUUUCAUGUGGCUCUUUGAGGGUUAAAGUUUCUUCCAGCCAUCAGGAUGAGACCUUGUGUUUUUUUUAUUUGGCUCAAAGCACUUUGGCCUCCCCCUUCAGGCAGGGAGAAUGUAAAUGUGUCCGUGUUGUGUUUAUUAACAGCUAUUAAAUCAGUUAAUGGAACUUCAGUAUGAAUUCUUGAGAGGUUCGUACAUGGAAGCAGGGUUAGAUUUGCUGCUGGAUUUCUUUCAGUAAAAGUCACCCGCUGUUUACUUUUUUUGUAUCAUGGGGAUUCAUCAGUUUGGUUUUAAGAUUGUUGCUUCACAGUAUUCAAAACAUUUAUGAUGUACCUCAAUGUCCUUCUGGGAUAAAAAGCCACAACUAUCUGUGUUGAAAAGGAUUGGUGCAGAUUCUUCAGCUGGUUUACAUCAUUCUUUAUUUUAAUCUGAAUGGCUGUGCUUGUGUAAAAAAUCUUGAUCCUCUUCUGCGAUUUAUUUCUUGACUUGGUCCUAAAGGGUGCAUUCCCACCAGAACCUCAAAAAGCCUUAUCUGGACAGGAAGUAGUGUUUUCCUAUUCUCACUAGUUUGUGGUGCAAUGACAAAUCAGCAGAUGUAAAUCACCUCUCCAAGGACAGGUUCAGGACUCAAGGCAGCUUACAUACACUUUUCUGCCGCAGACUUCUUUGUUAGUGAUCCCAGCACACGGUAGACCGGUUCCUAAUGAACCCUGGGAUUUGUUUAACCCAUGCACUGAGAUGAGUAUUAUCAGGUGCUGCGAGCCUGCCUCUUUAGAGAAACGUCUACAUGUGAUCAGUGUUGGUGUAUGUCUAUGUACUUCCGCAUAACGCCCAUAGGGGGCAUCAUUUUGCUGUCUAAGACAGUGAGCUCCUUUUUUAAAGCACGACGCACACCAAUCUCCUUAUUUUUGAACUGGUCUAUUUUAUUUGUGCCAUCCUUGUGAUUGUGUGUGUUCUUAUAGCGUUUUUUUCAAUUACAUGAAAUUGUUUGCAUUGUACCAAAUGGAAUAUGUUUUACAAAAUGUUUGGAUUUAAAAAUGGUUUUGUGCGUGUGUUAAUCUCAGGGCUGAAUCUCAGAUAUUCUAAUAAUAAUUUAAUCUUUUCUGUUUUCUGGGAUUGUUGUGUUGACUCCAAAAUGACUGGAGCAUUAAUACAUGUAGCAGGAUGUGGUCAUAUGUCCUGAUACACACUACUCAUCACAUUCCAGCGCCUCCUCUAUAUGUGUGUGUCUGUGCUGUGGUGAUUUUAGGUUCAACAUGGGACUAGGACUGCCAACUCAUGUCACUUUUCAUGCUUUUUAUUUUAUUUGAAUUUUUUGUACCAUCUUGCUCACCUCUUGGAGCAGAAGAAAUCAUGUAAUUGUCAAAAAUAAAUAUUUUGUUAACGUUG